AGAGAGAGCGAGCGAACGUACAAGUGGAGCAGGAUCAGGAAGGGGAGAGAAAGAGAACGGAGAAGGAGACCGAAGAAACGGAGAGAGGGGGUUUUGAGCUGUGCAGGAGCAAGUCGUGUUUCCACAAGAAGAGGGAGGUGCAUCGCUCCAUCUUCUCAUCUGGGAUUUAAACUGCUUCAAAUUGGCUUUAGUCUGACAGAGGAUUCCCCGGCUCGUGGAGUGCUGCUCUCUUCUCCAGUGCAACACGGGACUUUGUUGUGAAGCAAAAGAGAAGCACAGGAAGGAGGGAGAGGGACACUUGCUCCUACUUCCUUUGUACCCAGCCUGCUUGACAGAUGGCUCUGGCAGACUGAUCUCUGACUCUCACCCAGGAAUGAGUCCUCACAUCACUCACUGAGGCAACGCAUUAACUGUGUGGAGAGCACGGCACACUGGGGCACAAGACGGACUUCAGCCUGAAGCAACAGUGUCUUCCUGCAGCAUCGCCAAAAUGAGCACAAAGUGACGGCAAACAGCCUCCCAACCUCAUACAUCGGAAUCGGCAAUCAAGAGCUGACAGUGGUUGCCUUCCCUUUAGCAUUAGCGGGAGCUAAAAUAACAGCUCUCGGACAGUGGCAUAGUAAAUGUGUAGUUGGGUGUGUGUGUAACUUGGCCUCCCAGUCCCUAGGGAGAACCAGCAAAGGAGUUGUGUUACACUCCCUGACAGACCUUAUACAUGUUUCAUCUGCUAGCCUCAGAACAGAAGCCCCCUUUGUUAUCUAAUCUAGCCCUCUUCUCUCCAGCCUGAGUUCACCGCCACAAGACUGCUCUUCUAAAUCAGUCAGCUGGCCACUGAGCUACAUAAACCAACAGCUGAAGAGCAGCAAAAGGACAUGGUUAAGCCUUAGAUAUCUACUACCAGGAUCUCUAUGCCAGUCUUAUAAUCCGUAGGCUAGCAUGCAGAAAGGGCUUUAAGAUAAACAAGAAGACCUGAAGGGGCUAUGGGAGGUCUACCAAAGGUUGUCAAGGAUCUAAACUGUGCCUCACUUGUUCAGCCCUGAGCUUUUCUGCAAUUCUUCAAGGCACAGAAUUGCAAGACCUGUAAUAAUCUUAAGCAGUGUAUCUUAAAAGAAGUGCUUUAGGGGAGUAUUUAGAGAGCUAGGCAAAAAUCAUGACUGACACUCUUAGACCUCCUUCACUCCAGGUGAGUGUGCCAAAAGAUGCUCCAGCAUACUCCGAUGGAGGAAACAAUGCUGUGUCAGAUGGCUCUGUGCGAUCCAGCUCGUCAACACCAACCCUCCGUCGCAAACGCUUCAAAAUGCGCCGCAUGAGGAAUGUGCCCAGUGAAAGGGAGAUCGAAAGAGGGCGGCCGACCAACUGUCAUCUUACAGCCAGAUCCCGUUCCAGCUCCAAGGAGUACCUUCAGUUGCCUUCCAUCGAAAUCACACCAUCAAGCGACGAAGAUGCUCCUUCCUGGUCGAGGUGCUCCACACCAAGUGCAUCUCCUCGCCGUAAGCGUUUCCUGUUGAGGAAGUGGCUGAAGGUCAGAGAAAAGAAGGAGCAAGGCAGUGAGAGCAGCAGCCAGCAAAGCAGUCAGCAAAGCAGCCUGCAGAGUAGCCAUGAAGAUGAAAGCAAUCGCUUCUUGACUCCACUGAUCCGAGAGGAGAGGUCUGACAGUGCAGCGGACAAAAUCAGCACUGCCAGUAACUCAAACAAGAGCACGCCCGCCUGCUCACCAGUCCUGCGUAAACGCUCGCGCUCUCCCACACCACAGAGCCAGGAGGGUGAGAACAUGGUGGAGAAGGGUUCAGACCACUCCUCUGACAAGUCCCCCUCCACGCCUGAGCAGGUUGUCCAGAGAACGUACUCCGUGCAGUCAGCGCGAAGCGGGGGAAAGAACUCAAAGUCUCACAAGCGUCUUUCCAAAUAUGACAGGCUAAACCUGAUUAAAAAGAGCCAAAGCUGGUACAACCAUGAAAGACAACACAUCCUGAGAGUGCUGAGCCCGACAUACAAGCAGCGCAAUGAGGACUUUAGGAAACUCUUCAAGCAGCUCCCUGACACAGAGAGACUCAUUGUGGACUACUCCUGUGCUCUUCAGCGGGACAUUCUCCUGCAGGGACGACUCUACCUCUCUGAGAACUGGAUCUGUUUCUAUAGCAACAUCUUCCGCUGGGAAACGCUGCUGACGGUGCGGCUAAAGGACAUCUGCUCAAUGACAAAGGAGAAGACUGCCCGGCUCAUUCCCAAUGCCAUCCAGGUCUGCACGGACACUGAGAAGCACUUCUUCACCUCGUUCGGAGCCAGGGACAGGACGUACAUGAUGAUGUUCAGACUGUGGCAGAAUGCGCUGCUCGACAAGCCUCUGUGCCCCAAAGAGCUCUGGCACUUUGUUCAUCAGUGCUAUGGCAACGAGCUCGGCCUGACCAGUGACGACGAGGACUACGUUCCUCCCGAUGACGACUUUAACACCAUGGGGUUCAGUGAGGAGAUUCCCAAUGAAGAGAACGAGAUCAACAAUGACAACUUGUCCAAGAACAACGUAGAAGCCAAGCCUGAAGGGAGCCCUCCUCCUGUACAAAAGAAGCUCAUCCCCAACAGCACCAUCCCCACCCCUGGCAACCACGAUACCAUCACAUUUGACCUCCCAGCUGAGGAAUAUGCAGACUGCCUGCCAGAUGGUGAUCUGCUGGCUGUCCCUCUGGUGGUGGAGGAGAAGAAUGAAACCAGUGGGCCUGCUGGUCCUGUCCCAUCACCAUCACUGGACUUCAAUGACAAUGAAGACAUCCCCACUGAGCUCAGUGAUUCUUCAGAAACACACGACGAGGGAGAAGUACAAGCCUUCCACGAGGAUCUCAAUGGCAGGCAGCAUAUCAAUGAGAUCUACAAGUUCAGUGUGGACAAGCUGUAUGACAUACUUUUCACAGAGUCUCAGUUCAUGAGUGACUUCAUGGAGCAGAGGCGAUUCUCAGAUAUAGUGUACCAUCCGUGGAAGAAGGAGGAAGAUGGGAACCAGACCAGAGAAAUCAUGUACACCAUCUCUCUGUCCAACCCCCUGGCUCCUAAAACAGCCACAGUCACUGAGACACAGACUCUGUACAAAGCCAGUCAGGAGAGUGAGUGUUACAUCAUUGAUGCUGAGGUCAUCACACACGACGUCCCCUAUCAUGACUACUUCUACACUCUCAACCGCUACAUGCUCACGAGGGUGGCCAAGAACAAGUGUCGGUUACGGAUAUCAACAGAGCUGCGUUACAGGAAACAGCCAUGGGGGCUGGUAAAAGGCUUCAUAGAGAAGAACUUCUGGAGUGGGCUUGAAGAAAACUUCCGCCAUCUUGAGUUGGAGCUGUCCAAACUGGAGGAGAUACUCCUGGAGACCCACCAGCUGUCUCCAAAGGCAAAAGUGGUGAAGAACUCCACAGUGAGGCGCAAGAAGAGGCCGCUUCCCCACAUGCGCAGCCAGCAUCUGGAUGAGGCCCUCAGCCCCGUUACCACGCCGACAGAUGAGGAAGUGAUCCAGAGGAUCAAACACGUGGCCGGCUCCACGCAAACGAGACACCAGAGUCCAGAACACCUGCCCGGAGGCUUCGCUCUGUACAGCGUUUCCAAACUGCUGCUCAUCAUCAGCUUUGUGAUCUGUCUCAGCCUGGUCCUGCUUGUGUUCCUCAACAUGAUGCUUUUCUACAAACUGUGGAUGCUGGAGUACUCUGCGCAGUCCUUAACAACCUGGCAAGGUCUGCGGUUUCAUGAAAGUAAACUGCCUCAGACGCAGAUGGAAUGGGCCCAACUCCUGGAGGCACAGCAGCGGUACCACGAUGCUGAGCUGCAAAAGUGGAGGGAGAUUAUCAAGUCAUCCGUGGUGCUGCUGGACCAGAUGAAAGACUCUUUAUUGAACCUCCAGAGAGGCAUUGGUUUAAGGGACUACACCUCUGAGACUGAGGAGAAGCGGAGUCGCUAUCACUGACACACUACCAUCAGGCCAUGAGGGCAUGCUGUGCAAUACGGGACCGGUUUUCUUUUUGAACCAGUAUGCCGUCAGCGGCAACACAGAGAGAGAACAGAGGGGGGUGGUGGGACCAAUAGUGAGCGGAUCCAUGGACAUAAAGAGAGGAACAGUCAUCUCUAGCGUACGGAAGUUAAAACCACCCCCAGAGGACGAAACCACGGACAGAAAGUGUCCCGAUCACACACAGGAAUCGAGGUAUCCCCAACAAGAGGAGGUGCAAGACUUGCUUCCUCUAAACACCUUGGGGAUAAUCGUUUCCUUCUACUCUCUUUAUUUCCAAGUGCAUCCUACUGUAAGCCAUGUGAGCCAGGAGCGUGGCGGAGAGAGCAAAGGAAAACUACUGCAUGCAUUUAGACAACCUAUCUCCCCUCAGUCAGUGUUAAUGUGGUCCAGUUCCAGUCUAUGUGUGUCUGAAAAAGAACAGAAGAAGAGGAGAGAUUGAGUCAAAGAAAAGGGGAGGGGGAUCCUUUUGAGUCGUAACGGCUUUCUACGCUCUCCGACUGUUCCAAACCAAUCGUACCCUAGAGGUCCUCGCUGCAGCGUCCCUUCAGUAAACCUCCAGGUGAUCAGAGGACAGGUUCACUCCACGAGAAAAGACGUAUUGUAGCUGGGAGAUCAGCUUCACUGAUCAGCCCUUAUUGCCUUGUUUGAGCCUGGACUGUGUGGUUUCUGUCCGGGCUGGUUCCCUGACGUACCGAUGAGCGUAAGAUUGAUAAGAUGCGAUUCGCAGGCUCGGUUUCUCCUGUCACAGUGUUACCUACCUUAUGUCGCAUUAUUUCUCAUCCUUCUGAUGAAGUCGAAUGUAUUAGUCUGGGGGAGAAAAAGAAAAAAAAUAAGGCUGGACUUUGAUCACAACUUGAUAAACUUUGAAACGGGGACGCUGCAGCUAGACCGACCAGUAGGGAGUCCUGUGUUCUUACAUGUUUUAUUACUAAACUGUGAUUAUAUCUCUUUGAAAAUGUUUCAGAUUGGAAAGAGGUCAUGAAUAUAUUUGAAAUAUAUAAGAAUAUUUCAUUAUUUAAUAAUAUAUAUAUAUAUAUAUUUCAAAAUAUAUAAAAAACAUUACCUAUAUUUAUUGUUAAUUUAUGUAUAUACAGAAAUGAUCAGAGCUCUAGACCAGUUAAAGAAUUUCUAACAAAAAGUGUUUUCUUCUAAAGAUGCAUGCCAGAUAUGUCUGUGACAUGUCCAGUGUGCAAGUAUGAUUCUUCAUUCGCGCGAUUAUGUUCGCGCACGUGAGCGUUUAAAUGUGUAUGUGUGUGUGUGUGUGUGUGAGAGAGUUUGUGCACAAGUGUGUGUGCAGGAAUUUUUACCAUUCCACAUGUCUGUUUCUUUUCUGGCUCUUCCAGCUGGACUGCCUUUUUUUCUCUUUUUCUUUUUUUUUUAAAUGCUGAUGUGUUUGGAUGCUGCCUUGCAUUAGUCCCACCAGGGUGCAGCUGCACAUUUGAAGAGUUUUGUUCCAAAAUGAUGUAUCAGACAGCUGGAAACAGCUUCAAUUGGUUAGGUAGUGUCACAUGCACAUUUGGCUAAGAAGCUAAACGAUGCCUGGCUCGACCGCAGGAGGAAACACAAAUCCCUUUGAGGUUGUGUCAGUAAGAGCAUCUCGCUUAAAAUCAAAAAUACCCGGAGCUACCUGCUGUGACAGCCUUUUCUAAAUAAGGGCAGGAAAAAAAACAUCAAAUACAUUUUUUUGCAGAUUGCAAAAAUGAAAUGGAUACAUGAUAUUUUGGAAAUGAACCCUUCGUGCCCCCUGUGAGCAACUCUUCUGUUCGGUUCACCACAUUAGCGGCCGCUGUUUGCUAAACAGGAAGAGGUUUUGGCAUUUUAGGAAAUCUGCACAUUUGCUCUCUUUUCGUAAGGUUGGAUGAUAUGAUUGGAUGCUACUGUCACAUGUGUAAACUAAGUAAGUAAAUAGGAUACUAAAAGAAAUUCAGCCUGACAGUUUUUAUUCAUUCUUUGUAAGUUUAGAUCUACCUUCAUAUUUGGCAUCUAGGUAGGAUCUUUUCAUCUUACUCUCAGUAAAAAGAAAUUAAAAAGUGAGAGCAUAAGCACAUUCCUCAAAAUCGAAAUCUCUUCCUUUAAAAAUACCUGCGUUAACUCAAAAUGUACCCUACCUUUCCCCGUUUCAAGUGUCUGUCUUGGAUGCAGUGAAAGCAUGAGAAUUAACUUUAUGCAACUAAAUUGAACCAAAAGAAAGUAGAAAUGUACUUUCACAGAGGACGUAUUGUUUUAAAUGAAGUAUUUAUCAUGUAUGUCAUAUAUAUAUAUAUAUAUAUACAUACACACACAGGUGUUAGUGUGGUGGUUUACUCAUUCACCUAACAAGAGCCCCAGGUUUGAUCCCAGAAUGAUACACAAAUCCCUAUUUGGGGUUGCAUCAGGAACGGCACCCGGUGUAAAAAAAAAAAUAAUUUAAAAAUCUGCCGAAUCAAACACACGGAGCUGCCCGCUAUGGCAACCCCUUGUGAAUAAGGGAGCAGCUGAAAGCAGCUAUAUAAAAAGCAGUGUUACGUUUGCUGAGGCCUCGCCCCGAACUUAGCCUGGCACACCUUCUCGUCCGUUUUCUGGAGCAAAGAUGGUAUGAGGGCAAGCAGAUAACUUUACGGUGGCGUGUUAUUCACCGACAUAUUGAGCGCGUUCCAUUUGAAGAAGGCACAGUGACGAUAACACACAGAAACCUUAAGACGUGAAUGUGAGUGGUUUUGAGAUGCUUUCUGUUUUAUAGAAAUCACCUUCACAAUCCCGAAGGCACUGAACGAUUAUAGUGCAGUUAUGCUUUGUGUGUAUGACGGUGCAUAUACAUGGAAAUGUAACUGAAAUGCUUUAAGAGUUUGUUUUCAAGUGUAGUGAGUAGAUUUUUUUCUUCUUCUUUGUUUUCAGACGCUUCUGUAGUAAAUGCUCGAUUGAGAUGGUUUUACUGAUAAUGACACGUUUUCACCGUCACGGCUGAGUGAAGCAGUCAAUGUCACCUCAGUCCAAGUCAGACGCUCGAUCGGGCUCUUGAGGAAGCUGUUGCGACAGCAAACUUAAGUUUUAUUUCACAAAUCUGAGCAGUUAUGCAAAUUUACUUCUCGUUUUUCUUUUUCUUCAGAACUCAUUUCUCAUUUUUACCAGCAAAUUAAACAUAUUAAGUUUCGUUCUAUAGCAAUCAACACUUCUUUUUUUUUUUCUGUUCCUUUGCUUUCACUCUUUCUCUCCUAGCAUGCACUCACGCAGUUAAUCUGUGUUAAUCGAAUGAUUGUAUGGUUGCUAUCGCUGCACAACUGUGGAACCAAGGUGAUCCAGGAGAUUUUGUCACUGACAGCAGAUGGAGUAUCUGUACGUGCUUUGUUAACUGUAUCCAUUGGGCAUUCGCCUAUAGGCAACAGAGCUACCCUUGCAACACAGUGCUGACUAACAGCCUUGGUUAACACACAGUAGGAAUCACAUGCAACCUCCUGAAAACGACCACUGAUUAAAACUCAUGCUCUUCUUCGAGUGUGUCUUGAUAAAACAUGUACUGUGUAGUUCUGUUCAAAGAGAAUUCUGCUGUAUGUUUUUUUAAAGGUUUUGAUCUCUAGACUUUUAGUGAAAUUUCUACAUGAGAUGAAUAUGCUGUAUGUAUAUGUUGUGUAUAUCUGCAGUGUGCACACACGCACACUGUCAAAAGAAUCCGACCUGCGCUGCGCGUAGGCUUUGACUUGCUGAUGACUUUUGCCUCAUAGAGAUGGGAGAUAAAAGUGGCUUUCUGGUUCAUGUGAAGUAGAGGUUGGAAGUUUGAAUAAAGAAAAAAUACUAAAACAAA